AUGUCUUCAGACAACUCAUCCUCCAACAACUCCAACAACGAUAUGGCACGACAACAGAGACGCGGGUCUGUGACCUCCAACACUCUCACCAGCCUCUUCCGGAGCAAUUCCAUCUCGCAACCCUCAGUCACGGGCUUCCCCACCCCCUUGGCCACGUCCAUGCUGGACAACCAGCGCCGAAGAGUCUCUGUUGCCACCUUUGGUCUUCCGGGAACCUCUCCCACAAACACCUCUGCUGCCUUUAUGCGCCGGGCCAGCGUCUCCACCAAUUCCGAUUCCAUCAACGAGAGUGCCAUCGAGGACGGAGAUGACAUGUCCCACACCGCCCCCACCACUCCCUUCUCUCGCCGGAUGAGCCUGGGUGCCGCUCAAGCCAUGCGUGGCAUGCGUGGAGGUAACAGUCCUGGUGCAAAUGACCAAGGCUUCAACUGGUCCGAUCAGCUUAGAUCCCGUGCCGAAAGCACCGUCGCCCAAGGUGCCCGGUCCUCAUUCUCCUUUGCCUCUGGCCUCAGCGCCUCUCCUCCUCGUGGUGGACCUCCCGCCGUCUCGGCUUCGUCAAUCAAUCCUCGUCACGACCGAGCCAGGUCGGUGUCUGAUAUGCCAGCGCCGCCUGCUCAGCCGAGGCCCCGUGCCCCGCAGAAGCCGGAUCACUUCCAAGAGCGCAUCUUGAAGGGUGACUUUUACAUGGACUGA